AAGAAUAUCAUCAAAUUUCGUAAAGUUACCUGCUAUGGAAUUAGAAAAAUUAUCAUACACAAGAACAUUCGGAUAUCCAACCGAAAGACUUACAGGAGGGCACUUUUCUGUUCCUGUUUUUAUAAAGCAUGACGCCAUUCAACACCUUCGACCAAUGACAGAAGAUAUUUUUUGGGCGUACUGUAUUUUUAUGUUGAAGAAGAGUACACCACUUUUACCCAGUUUUAACAUGUUGGUGUUAAGGGUUUUGGAAGCCGGAAUCAAUUAUGCUUGGGAAACGAAGGUGGUACUCUUUCAUACGAAUAGUCGCACUCAACAAAUCAUUAGGUAUCAUUAUUAUCAUGGCGAAGACACAGAGACCGUUAGUCUUCAGUGGAUGCAUGUUCAAGGAGCUUUCGGUAUUUUAGCGUUUGGAUAUGCGAUAGCAUUCUUAUGUUUCCUAAUAGAACAAGUCGUACAUAAGUAUAAAACACCUACGUAAAUACAUUAAAAUGUCGUUAGCAAUAUGUUGUUAAGGUUUUCAAUCACUAAAACAAUAGAUUACACAAGAACAGUAGGUAUACACAAAAGAAAGCAGUAUCUACCCCUAAAUGUAGUUACUCACAAUGAAAAAUAAUUUUCUAUUAUGUUGUAAGGAUUUGU